GGAGAUCUGGUAGUGUGAGAAUACGUGAUGAUAUCUUUUUUUUAUUUUAUCCCAAACUUAAAAAGGUAAGCAAAAUCCCCCCCCCCCCUUUGGUAUAGGUCUAUUUAUUGAUUGUGAAUAAGGAAUGGUGUUUUUGUAAUUUAACAUUCAUGAUGCCAAGAGAUAAUUAGAAGAUUACCAUGGUGAUGAAAACACACGUGAUACACGUGAUACAACUAACGUCAUGCCCAGAAACGCAGAGGUGGGGGACAACCUUGUAAAAGCGGCUGCCUAUUCAAACACCAAGAACAAGCCUUCUGUCUACAACCACAGGAUACAAACACAUUGGAUUUCAUUUCUGCCAGACUUUUUACGCCGAAAGCUGUUCUUGUGCUGCACUGAGAAUACUGAUUCCUUCCACGCUGAAUACAGGAAUCCUCUCCUCUCACAACCCAGAAUCCUAGGAUUGAUACUACAGCAGCUCUUUAAAGAUGACACCCACUGUGACUCUCAACACCGGGGCCAGCAUGCCUAUCGUGGGCUUGGGGACAUGGGGGGCAGAAGCAGGCAAGGUCACGGAGGCAGUGAAAGCAGCAAUCUCUGCAGGCUACAGACACAUAGACGGAGCCUACUGUUACCAGAAUGAGGACAUGGUGGGGGUUGGCAUUCACACCAUGAUUGACCAGGGGGUGGUGAAGAGAGAGGAGCUUUUCAUCGUCAGUAAGCUGUGGUGUACUCUCCAUCAGAAGUCUAUGGUGAAGGGAGCCUGUCAGAAGACUCUGAGUGACCUCAAGCUAGACUACCUGGACCUCUACCUAAUACACUUCCCUAUGUGCUUUCAGCCUGGAGAGAAUCUAUUUCCUUUUGGUGAAGACGGACAGGUAGCCGCAGGUGAAAGCAACUUCCUGGACACUUGGGAGGCUAUGGAGGAGCUGGUGGAUGCUGGUCUGGUCAAGGCUAUCGGUGUCUCCAACUUUAACAAAGACCAGAUUGAAUCCAUCCUAAACAAGCCAGGCCUCAAGUAUAAACCUGCCAACAACCAGAUUGAAUGCCACCCCUAUCUGACUCAGGAGAAGCUGAUCAACUACUGUCACUCUAAAGGCAUCCCAGUGACAGCCUACAGCCCUCUGGGCUCCCCAGACAGACCAAGGGCGAAACCUGGUGAGCCGUCUCUGCUUGAGGACCCAAAGUUAAAGACCAUCGCUGAUAAGUACAAUAAGACUACAGCACAGAUCCUUAUCCGCUUUCAAAUCCAGAGGAAUGUGAUCGUCAUUCCCAAGUCGGCUACGCCCUCCCGGAUCAAGGAAAAUUUUCAGGUGUUUGACUUCGAGCUGAAUGAUGAAGACAUGAAAGUCAUCUUGAGUUUCAACAGGAACAUGAGAGGAUUCGCUAUGAAAUGGGGCAACAAGCACAAAGACUUCCCUCUGCACGCAGAAUACUGAAACCUCCGUGUGGACACCCACAUUCCUACACUGGGGACAUACAGUGAGAAGUCCAGUAGUUGUACAGAUUCAACCACUACUGUGACCUUGUUCAUGAGGCAAACAGAAUGUCAAUGUGUAAUGUAAUACGUGCCAGAUAGUUGCCUUUACUUGUUCAGAGUUUAAACAUGUUGUACAUUUACCUACAUGUUGGGAAGUGCCUUUGAAAGCAUGGCGUCCCUGUGCUCCUUGUUGUAAUAUAAAAUUAUAUUAAUAAUUCCUUAGACAGUGAUCUUUAGAGAUAUCUCAACCAAUAUGUUAACAUUGACAACUGUCGUGGAAAUUUCCUUAAUUACCAAAUGAUGAGAGAGCAAAUCACACACGAGUCAGAGUUAUGCUUAAUCUUCACCUUUAAUAAUAAUUAAGCUUUUGCAAUAGCAUUUUGACUUUCAACAGUUCAGUAUCUCUAAUGAAAAGUUGAGUGCUCAACAUAAUGGCAAAUGGGAUCCUUUAUAGCAAAGAUCCACCCCCCCUAGACGACAUGACAAACCACAUGUCUUAGGAACUUACGCAAAGAAAAAACCUUACUUCAGAGGAAUAUCCCCUAGUCAGACAGAGUUGGCUAUAAAUUAUCGUUCAGUUUGGUCUCCUAAACAAAGCUCUUAUCUCGUCCUUGGUACAAAAUGGUACCAAGACAUUACCCCCACCCUAUGAUAUAUAUCAAAUUGCACCUUACUAACAGUAGAGUAUAUAAUACAAUUAAAAAAUCCAUAAUAAAAAUGUAAAGAUAAAGAAUCAAAUCCCUUCAAUGUAAUUAUUCACCCUUCAGAAACUGAGUUUACAAUGUUUAUACCAUAAUACAGACUUGCACCUGUUUAAACAUGUAGAAUAAUACAUUUGUUGAGUAAAAAAUAAAAAUAACAAAACUACAAAUGCUCCCAAAAUUACAAGAGAAUCCAUGUCUAAACACAGGCAUCAUUACAACCUAUAGGACAGUCAUCAUGCUUAGAAUUGGAUUCCCCACUAUCAGAGAUAUAGUCAGGAAUAGGGAAUGGGUCAGGGAAAUCAUUCAUAUACAGUGAACCCUCUCUAUCUACACUGUCCAGUGAGAAUAUUUCACUGUGUUCACCUGAUUGUUGUCCAUCAAUCCCAGAUUCCUCAUCUACACCUACUUCAUUUGCAAGCAAGGGCAUAGUAAGAACAACAUCAACCACUUUAUUAAACAAUUUCUUCACACAAAUGAUAAUUAGCAACAGAGCAAUCAGUAAUAUUAGACCAUAGAUGAACCAGUGGAAAAUGGUCGCAGCCCCAGCACCAAACACUGACUGAACCCAUCCUAAUGGAUUCCAGUUGAUGUCAGGCUGGUGUUCCCUUUCGAGAACACCCCUAAGCUCUUUCAAAUGUUCCACUACAAUAGUCAAAUUGUCAUCUCCCUGGGGUAUAAAUGUACAACCGUGAUCUCCUAUAAUUUGACACACCCCUCCUUCACGUGCUAGCAACAUGUCGAGUGCCACCCUAUUUUGUGUUGCCAUGAGUUGAGUGGCUUGUAAUUCUGGUCUUAUCAUAGAAAACCCUGCAGUGGUCAAAUUUACCAGGGAUUCCAAAUGAUAUCUGAUGAUAUUAAUUUAUUUAUUUUGCUCCUUUGCACCCCAUUAUUUUUUAAAUAUUUUUUUUAAAUUUCUACUUUGCACAUUCUUCCAUUGCAAAACUACCAUUCCAGUGUUUUACUUGCUAUAUUGUAUUUACCUUGCCACCAUGGCCUUUUUUGCCUUUACCUCCCUUCUCACCUCAUUUGCUCACAUCGUAUAUAGACUUGUUUAUACUGUAUUAUUGACUGUAUGUUUGUUUUACUCCAUGUGUAACUCUGUGUCGUUGUAUCUGUCGAACUGCUUUGCUUUAUCUUGGCCAGGUCGCAACUUGUUCUCAACUUGCCUACCUGGUUAAAUAAAAAAAAUAUCCUAGCCUA